UCGCGCUCAGGUUUGGCAUGAAGAGCUUUCUGAAGGCGUUUGCAGUGCGCUCGCUGGUCAUUCUGCCGCUCGCCAUCACGCUGACAGACAGCGUCGCAAGCGUUGCAGGAGUCCAAGGCCGAUCCAUGCAGCCAACGCUCAAUCCAGACAUUGCGGUCGAUCACAUCCUCUUGGACAAGUGGUCGGUGCGAGACCAUCGGCACCGGCGCGGCGAAGUCGUCGUGCUGUGGUCGCCCGAUGAACCGACUGUGGCGGUGAUCAAGCGAAUCAUUGCGCUUGAAGGCGAUGUGGUCAAGACGCUCUCGUACAAGGAUCCGUUUGUUAAAAUCCCCCGUGGGCACUGCUGGGUGGAAGGCGACAACCACAUUCAUAGCAGAGACAGCAACACAUUUGGCCCGAUACCUGUCGCUCUUAUCGAUGCUCGAGCGACUCAUGUUAUCUGGCCACCUGCGCGGAUACAAAAGAUUGAGACUGUUGUGAGUCCCGAUCGAAUUGAGCGGUACGGCCGUGCCGGUCGGUGACCCGCAAAGCACGGAAACACCAAGCAUUUUAUUCGUUUCGCUUCCUGUACAACAAAUCAAAGCUGUAGUUCAAUGAUGCCA